AUGCAUUGCUUCAUUGGUGGACUUGGGGAUUAUUUGAUUGGCUCUUGCACCGUUGCUGCAUUAAAUUCGGAUAUGGAUUUUGCAAGACUUAUGGCUCAAUCACUAGACCGCUCAACUGCUAGUGCCCCAGCUCAGUCAUCGAGACCCAGGCAGGAGCAGACUCAGACCCCGAGGGCACCUAAUCUCUACUAUCAGAGAGGUGCUAGUCGAGGACUACCGCCUCGACCUACUUGCAGGCACUGUGGCCGAUCUCACUUGGGAGAGUGUCGAUAUGGAUCUACCGCUUGCUAUGGGUGUGGAAUUGAGGGUCAUAAGAUACAUGAUUGUCUGAAGCUUCGAGUGGAGGGUAGAAGUGAUAGGCCACAAUAUACUGGCUCUGCAGGAGCAUCCUCAGCAUCAACGCCUUCUUCAUCACGUGGCCCUCAACCACCAGCAGGGAGAGGUACAUGCAGGGGUAGAGGAUUUGGUUCUGGAGCUGGCCCAAAUCGGAUGUAUGCACUAGCAGGUCGUCAGAAUUCAGAGGCAUCCCCUGAUGUGGUUAUAGGGGUUACCCUAUCAUAUGUUACUCCAUUUGUUGCUAAGAAAUUUGGAGUAGAGCCAGAGUUAUUACAUGAGCCAUUUGCAGUAUCAACUCCGGAGAUUUUGAGGGCUAAUUUGGUCAUGUCACCAUGA